AUGGCGCUCGUGAUGUUACCGUGUGAUCUGCCCUGGUGGUCAAACGUGCAGAAAAAGCUAACACAGAUCGAAGAAGCCACCACACUAGACGGCGUGCUCGAGGUGAUGCAGAAGCUGCACGAGCUAUGCAACGUCAGCCUAGACCCAGACGAAGACGGCAAGGACACGUCGGUGUUCGAAGGCUUGCGACACUUCGUCGAGCGCACGAUGGACGAGCCGGAACGGGCGCACUUUCUGGGGCACACGAUCCGAGCACUAGCAAGGCACGCCCGCGGUCUCAAACAACAUCGGCCACCGCGUGGGCUCAGCUUCAGCCUGCAACAGCAAGCGGACAGCUGCGAGCUGAGCUACCGGCUGGUUGCGUCCCUGCUGGCCAACGCGUUCUUUUCGACAUUUCCAAAACGUACUGAAAAAACUCACCCCACGUUACAAGACUUUAACUUUACACACUUUUUUAGAGGUUUAGUAGACAACGCCGUGCAGCGGGCAAAGUUCCGCAGCUUCCUGCACUACUUCGACUGGCUGGAACGAGCUGGGCCGGCUUUAGAGGGCGCCUUACGUGUGUCUCGGCGCGUGAUGACCGGCCGGCAAUGGCUCACGAUCGAAGACUGGCUGGAGUGUGAGCUACCCUUGUGUGACGUCGAGAUCCGACACGAGGGAAAACUGGACAAAGCCGAUCCGGAUGCGAUGCAGACGGUGUUCGCAAGCGCUCGACUCGGUGGCGACGUGUUAGCUGGUGGUGAUUCACAGGAAUCGCUUCAGUUCUGCACCUUUCCGGAGCUACUCGCCGUGCUGCUGUACGUGGAAGCGCUCGAGGAUAACGAAUCCCUGCAGGUGGAGCACGUGCGACACGUGGCGCGAGUUGUUGAUCCUCGCGCGAAAGCACCACGGUUAGAGUGCGUCACAGAACCUCGACCAACGAGCUUGUGUUGCAUCGACGCGGAGAACUAUCGGGCACUUCCCUCGCAGCAAUUCGAGGAGGAUGAUAUCCUGCGCGAGCUGAACAAGUGCCUGUUGGCGUUUCGUCAGAAUACGGCCUGUCCGGUGGGUGAACCGGCUGGUGGGAAAGCCACCGAGAGGCGAACCGGAGCCGGAUUGAAGCUGGAUCAGCUCGAGACGGUUUCGAGCAAGGGCCGAUUGUCACCGAUUGGCGAGCGUGAUAGGGAAGGCUCUACACCGGGCUCACCGGAUGUGUACACGACCAUCUUCAUCCGGCAGGCGACACCUAACUCGAAACGAUCGAGCAGCGAUUCGAACAAACUGGAGCGAGACAUCAACAAACGUCGAUCGUGGCUGUCUCCCGAGCGACCAAGUGCUCCGUCCGUGUGUUCUGGCUCGGGAUCUGGCCGGCGAGGGAAAUUCAUUAUCCUGGGAUCGUCCGGCGAGUGCCUGCCGGUGAAUAGGCAUCCACUGCGCAUCCCAGACGGUGCCUCACAGCAGCAGCAAGGAAUGGCCCGGCCAGCCUCACUGUCUAGUUGUGGGUCGAGUCAGGACGAGUUCCACAGUGCCAAGGAUAGCUUCGACGAGGACGAUGAGGAUGGGUUGCGAGCGCACGCGUACACAUCCGAGCUGGAUACGCCCGAGCGGAGGUACGAGUUUGCGCAAAAGUUGCGCCAAGCGUUGGAGCAGGAUCGUGCGAAUGGGCUCUCGGGAAGCACGGAGGAUAGCAGCUACGCCGUGGGGAUUAGUGUGGCUGGUUCGCAGAUCCGUGAUCAGGAUAUUCGCGUGCGACGUGGCGGGUCCUGUGGGUUCGUCCUCGAUGGUUCCAUGGACAGUAACUACGAUGAGCCGGAGUGGAGCGAUCAUCACGGGCAGUCGAGGACAGCACACGACGAAAGGACGACGAGUGGCCGGGUUCAACCGAAUGGAGGACUACAGCGCAAGGGCACGAACGAGUCGUCGAAGUACAGCUUUGACUCGGAUCUUGGCUCGGAGCUGGAGGAGGUGUACGAGAAGUUUGCCAAAUGGCUCGAGGAACCGAUCAGCACCGAUAAACCGAAGAAGCUGGAUGCCCGUGAUGAGGCGGUGCUAAAGUUCGCUAAUUCGCUGCUUAAGCGCACGCUCAGUGAAAGCUUCGUUGGCAUUCCGUUCACGGAGGAGUGUCUCGCGAGUGGGAAUGGAUCUGCAACCGGGUCGGCCAGUGGAGCAAGGCUUGGUGCUUCGGGCCGUGGUGCGACGGCUGGUGAGCUGGGUCAGAAGGACAAAAUACUGCUGCAGGUGCGAUCGCUGUCGUUGGAGUUGGCGAAGCAUAAGCACAAACUAGCCGCCCAGUUGUGCCACGAGUAUCUCGCACUGGAACCGGCCAAGCUAUUCAAAUGUCCCAACAUUCAGCUCACGCGCACCGACCACCGGAAGUUGCUGCACAAACUGCGCUCGACCCAGAGCGGAUCGGCCUGUUCGGUGGCGGAUCCGGCCACAGCUCCGGCGAAGGAAUCGCAGCCCGGACCACCGCAACCGAAGUUGGAGCGGCAAUCGUCCUUAAAGACGAAGCUGCUCCAGUACAAACCGAACUGGUCCGUCUCGUACUAUCAGGAUAUCAAGUGUGACGAUGUGGUGCUGAAGAUAUCGCAGCUCGCGCAGAAACGCACGUUGAACGUGAACCUGAGGCCUGUGGCCACCGGCAACUGGGGAUGUGGCGCUAGCAGGCGAGGUGACGUGCAGCUCAAGAUGGUGAUCCAGUGGAUGGCGGCCAGCGUGGCUGGACUGCCGUAUCUCAGCUACUACACUGCGGGGAACGAGAAGCUUUCAAAGCUCGACACGAUCUGCCGAGUGCUGAAGGAUCGCAAGUGGACUGUCGGGGAGCUGGCGGCGGCCACACUAAGCCACGCUCGAGACAUACUGGAGGAUCCGUUUUACUACAACAACGAUCGCAACUAUUGCAUGUUCUUCGAGAAGCUGAUCGGACUGGAGAAGGCCCACUGAGUGGAUGGUCGCAGCGCGGGACCGCGUGGGACACAAAAAAAAGACAAAUCACUUCCGUCUCUUCGUCCUGAGAGCAGGGACGCGCACGUUUUCUCCCUGGAAGUGAAACUUCAAAAGCAAUAAAAGAAUCUGUUUUUUGUUUUAAUAUGGAGAUGUGCCGAAGAUGUAUUCAUGGGGCUGGUCGGAGGGAGAAAACGGAACGCACCGUAGUAGUUUAGGAGAAGUAGCUAUCACUACGCUUUCAAAAGACGACAAAGUGAACGAUUGGCUGCAUUCAGCGGCCUGCGCUAGUAAUACCAAAAUAUGUACGCUUCGGGUGAAGAAAUGAUUCGAGCAGAAGAAGAGGAAUAGUCACAUGUCUUCCUUGGUGUGUAUGCGGAAUGCAGUUUGGGAGAAGUUUGUUAUUCGUUUUCCUAACGAACGAUUCAGCGCAAGAGGAAGCAUCUCUCUAACAUCUGCUGGGAAAAGGCUAAAGCAAUGGAUAACAAUAAGAUAAGGAGAAUGGGCAAAUGAUGGAUGUAAAAACCGAUCAAGAAAGCAUAUGACAUAGCACUGCGAUGAAACGAUUGAUUUCAUAUAUCUAGCUAGCCGCUAGGGGAACCAACAAAAUGACGCUUAUUUUGGAAGGAAAAUGUCACUAAAAUGUCCAAAAACCCGAAAGUUAUCAUUCAUACAUGAUCAUGUGCGGCAUUAUACCGUGAUGGUAGUAAACACUGUAAAUGAGCAGGUUAAGGAGGGUAGUUUAUUGUUCUUGUUGAAAGCGGUGUUCGUCGAUAGAGAGAUGGCACGAGGAGGAUGGUUAAGCUCGCAAAACAGCUGAUUUGCUACAACGAUAUCGAAGAACAAUGAUAAAAGAUGAGGGAAGGAAUUACACUGACAUUCAACAACUCAUAGGCCAAACCGACGCAGCGUGACAAAGAUUUUCAUAAGCAUAG